AUGAAAAGCUCAUGUCAAACUGACGAGUUGACCUUGAGGCGGCGAUUUUGGCUUUUCAACGAAUAUCGCAUGCAUAUCGGUUAUUGAGAAAAGCGGUCCCACGAGACGUCGACCAACUGUUGUAGAGAAAAUCCGUUGGGCGCCGCUUCUCCCCCGGGAGCCUCAAGAACGGCUUCUCUUUGUUGCAAUAGCGACACCUCAUUUAUUAUGCAGAUUGAAUCGCGCGCUGUUCCGUCCGGUGCGGUGAGCUGCUCGUGAACAUGUUAAAUGAGUUAUCAGGUGGUCCAAUUCAAGCGCUGUCGAACGCAAAAAUUACUAAUCUGCUUUAGAUAACGAAAUGUCGUCUUCAUAGAUAUAAGCCAUUUUGUAAUAAUUUUUGACUUCUUUGAGUAGAAAUUCGUCGGAAGUGUACCUCGCAGACAAAAACCGAUAUUUUCCCUGGCCCAGGAAACAGAAAUUAACGUGAAAAAAAAAACGUAACAAACUGAGCUCUAUAGAGCACACAUAAACCUUUGUGGGUGCUCAAAAAUGACUUAACUUGGGUCUACGAGCAAAAGUUGAGAUCUUUCAAAAUUCAAGUGCAAGACACACAAAAACUUCUUCAUCAAAAUUUUGAAACAUUUUCAAUUUUCACCAUUUCCGAUUUUUUUCAAUUUUUUUUGGCAUAUCAAACAAAAUUCAAUACCAGAUACGGUUUUUAAUGUUCUCACGUUGUCCACCUUUUCCAUUUGCAUAAUUGGGUUGUGCACGCUUUCUUCGAGAAUAACAAUUGAAUCACGCAUUUUCUCAGGUUUUACAAAUAAGAAUACCAUUUCGCGUGCGAAAAUCAUAAUCUAACUAUUGAAAAGUUUCCCACGUUUGUGGACAAUGCUGUACGUUGUGAAAGAAAACGCUCAACGUCGUCCAGACUCUGUAAGCCUCUUCGUUUAACAUUGCGAGGAAAUAUUUUUUGAAUUUUGAGUGAUGAGAAAGAAACCGAGAUUUCAAGGCCUAUUGCAAUGGGAAGGCUGUGAAAAACAGUUUCAACUUUUCAAGGCUAGUAUGAGUAAAUUUCGGUUGUCCGAAAUCCUACUUCUCUUGAAUAUUUUAUUAAACCAAUGAACUGAUUGAAAAGUUGAAAAAUAAAAGUUUUGCAUUGUCGUUUACUAAGAGCUUCACCGGAAACCACAUUACUGGAGCCAUGCCCCCAAAAAGUUCUUUCAAUGCUGAGAGUCCGAAUGAAACAUUCGGCUCUUCUAGUCAAUACCUGCUUGAUUUUAAAAAGAUAUAAAAGCCAUAAAAACGUUAAAAUAAUCAUUUCUUCCAAUUUCAUUCAACAAAAAAAGCUGCGCUGACAGGAUCUCCAGUUUGUUUUCUUUUUCCCUUGAAAAGGACGCGACGCGGUGAUUCUUCGCAAGAACCGUCAUCCCAAUGGCAUAUUGUCAGCGAUGUUGCGUCGGAUCGUUACUCGCAGCGCGUCACACCAACGGCAAGUCGUUACAUGCAGCUGCCCUUGCAGCUGCAUUGUCCGAUGAGCUUGUGUAUGGGCGCUUAGCGCGGCGACAUUCUGAUACCUUCAUUAGGAGCCGCAUCCUCUCGAAAUUUAAUAUUCAGAGUAGACAAACAAAAAAAAACUGGGCUUUUUCAAAGGUUUUUCCUUUUUUUUAAUAACCGAUUUUCAACUUGAAAAGGGAAUUUUUCGAUCUGAUGUUUACAAAUUUUUUGAAAAAAACGGCUAAAUGAUACGAAAUUGGUGAUUGAUGAGUACGUCGUUUCUUCAUGAAAAACAGAAACUUUGAAAGAUGAGGAACAACUUUCCUUUCCUGAUUUAUGACUUUUUUUCAAGUAAUCUUCGUUUUUUUAAACUAAAACUUUCGAACUAACUUCAAAAACCAAGUUUAGAUUAAACAAAAAAACUUCUGUUUUUCAAAAUGUAGAUUGAUUCAAAAAAAGUUUAUUUGAUUUCGAAAAAAAUAAAAAAAUAAAAAAAUCAGCGAGUUUCCAGAAUUAAGUGAAUGAAGCUUCUCUGUUGGAUCUAUUUUAUCUUGCCCACACAACAAAAAUAUCUUUUUCCUUUCUUCUUGUCGAACUUUAAUGGCUAUGUUUGUUAUUCAAUGUGGACUUGCGCGAAAGGGCAAUCACUGUGUCCUCGAAAAAAUAAUUCACACCUCGGCCAUCUCUCCGACAUAACAAACGCGUCAAACGCUAAGUGUUUUAAUGUGCGCAUCGAAAGAAUAAUGUUAUCUUUUCUCAUCAGUGAUUCAUCAGUAAAUCCACCGUUCACAGGCUUUCUGCAAAAUAACUGAUUUUUUGCGCGAUUAGACGAUGAAUGUUAUUUUUGCGAAUAAACAUUUUGGCUUUUAUUGGACGCGAAGGAAAAAGAUAAAGUGCUCUGAUAAACUGUCAUACUGUAAUCGGAAUCUUUCCCUUCCAUCUCUGCAGAUUGCUCUUCAUAGACGCGGCGCGGUCCUCAAGUGGCUACCAUACAAUAACAGGUGGACCGGCGAGUAAUUGACGGGUUUACGAGACGGAUGCCAGCCAAAACUAAUCCGCCCUUCCAUUUUCAAUGUUCUGACGUGUGAAUGUGGAAAGUGCGGUAGUCGAGGUCACUCAUUCUGAGGAUUUAUUACAAGCUCUUGAUAAAACUAGUUUCAAGAAUUUUUUUAAAGUCUCAGCUUUUGAACUCCGGUAAGUUGCGGAAAAAAAUUGCUUCGUUGAUGAAAAAAUUGCUGCGCUUUAAUUGUUUUCAUUUUUUUGAGAAAAAAAUUUUAAUUCUGAAGUGAUUUCAGCUGACGGUGGAACUUUCAGAUGAAGCUUUUUUUCGAGCCUUCGCUGUCGUCGCUAGCCCGAAACAUACAUAA